UUGCUAAGCGUAGGUUGUAGUGUAGGACGAUUUCUACGAUUGCGUUGGUAGUGCAACGCCAGAGGGAAAGCUGGGUUCUAGAAGGAUUCGAAAUGUUUCCUGAAACGUUAGUCUUCGGAAUUGCGUUGCUCAUCACGGGCAUUAUCCUUUUUCUGCUCAUAUAUUUCCUGAUCAUUUUGUCCGAUCUGGAAUGUGAUUAUCUGAACGCUCAGCAGUGCUGUUCUAAGCUCAACUUUUGGUCCAUCCCAAAGCUAGCGGCACACGGGUUUCUAACCUUUUUGCUGCUUAUCCAUGGCAACUGGAUGCUGUGUCUGGCGAACCUGCCGAAGGUGGGCUGGCUACUGUACGAACAGUAUCGCGUGCCGGCUGGAAACAUCGGUAUCUACGACCCGGCCGAAAUCCACAACCGGGGAAUGGUGAAAAAGCACCUAAGAGACACGAUGAUCGGAUUUGGCUAUUAUUUGAUCAUUUUCUUCGUGUAUCUAUACUGCAUGAUCAUCGCCUUGCUCAAGGGAGACCCAAUUAGACGGCACGAGGAGGAGGAAAUUGUCACCGAAUUCUAAAUGCUUAUCCAACGGUAAUACACGAUUUCUCUCGAAUUUUUCAGCGCUUUGCAGAACGGCGAUAGUCUCACGUAGAAUAGCAAUUUAUGAUUUUAAAUCAAAUGUUUCCACCAGCCAAAGAUAUUUUUUUUAAAACAAUACUCUCCAGCGUUUGAUAAAACGUGAAAUAAACGUAAGCUCAUGCGACCGUUGGUUGCUUUCGAUUA